GUGCGCGGUUUUUCCUCUAAAGAUCAACACGAAUCCUAUUUUUCGCGGAUUAAUCGAUCUUCAUGAUUGCGUUCGAAAAUGCGCUCGGGAUAGAAUAUCAUUCGCUCGACCAAUCGGAGCACGGAAAUUUCUGCUCCUUUUAUUCUGAUUGGUUGAUCGAACGCUGCUUUCUCCGGUGAAUGGAUUCUCGAACGCAACCCGGGAUUUUAAUCCGGUCGUGGUAGAGACGUGCGAAGUGUCUGCGCAAGUGACAUUGCUUUGAAUCAGCUGUUGACGGUCGUUGAUAUAGGAUCUUUCAAAUUUUAAUAAUCACCAUGGCGGCAAACAAAGCUGUCACUGUCCUUGCGCCGAAUGGUCGCCGGCAAAAUGUAAAGAUUACGAUGAACACGACGAUUUUACAGGUUCUGGAGGAAGUAUGUCAGAAGCAAGGUUUCAACGUCGAUGACUAUGACAUAAAACACAAUCGUCAGAUAUUAGAUCCUAAUACGACAUUUCGUUUUACUGGUGUACCAAAUAAUGCUCAGUUGGAGAUGGUAGCGUGCACAAAGACGCGUUUCGCGUCGAAUGUUGCGAUUGCUAUUCAGUCAGAGGAUGGAGAGAGAAUAAUGCGCGAAUUUUCGCCUAAAACAACGUUAGCUCAAGCAUUGAUAGAAAUAUAUCCCGAUUCGGAUCUUGAGAGGGCUGUAUUGAUCUAUAUGCAUCAAGAAGUAUGUGGCAGAGAAGCAUUAGAAAAGACAACAUUGAAAUCAUUAGGCCUCAGUAGUGGAAGGGCAAUAUUACGAUUAAUGUAUCGUGACCUUGAACAAUUAAAAACUCAAGCACAUGUAUCUGUUCCUUUGCUUCCAAAGUCAGAAAUGGCAAUGGAUAAUUUAUCAAGCAAUAAAGAUUGUUCCCUGAAAGUGCCAUUAUCUGUACCACAUUGUAGUAAGACAUUGGAUGAUAAUAUUUCAUCAAUAAAUGUGUCAAAUAUAGAAAAUCAAAAGUCUGAGGCAAAGAUAGAUAGAAAAUGUGAGGAAGCAAGUGUGCUCAAUGAUAAAGAACAAGAAACAGAUACAUAUAGGAUAGAAGAAAGUCAUGCCACUGAAUCCAGUCAUAAAGAUCAUGAGAGUGGAAGAGAUCAGUACAAUACAGAGGCGCACACAAAAGUUCAAGAAGAUGUGUACGAAGUGAAGUUUCUAGGGGAAAGAAACGCUCUAGUAUUCGAUCAUGCCGGAACUCAGGCAUUGCCGAGAGACGAACUGCCGGAUAAUUUCUUCGAACUCGAUUUGCACGACGCGAAUAUUCUCCUUCGAGAUGCUGCUAAGCGUCGCAAGGAACAACUCGAGGACGCUCCACUUCUGACAGAGGCGAUGCGUCAACUGAAUCAAAACAAACACAUUCUGGAUCGAUUGAACAAAUAUGGACGUACUGUAAUUCGCGUACUAUUCCCGGAUCAAUUUGUUCUUCAGGGUUUGUUCAAACCGUUAGAGACUAUCGAAACCGUUAAGAACUUUAUCAAGAAUUAUUUGGACGAUCCGAAUUGCGAAUUUGUUAUCUAUACUAGCCCGCCAAGGCAUAUUCUAAAUUCUGACGCGCGUUUAAUAGAUGAAAAUCUUGUUCCCUCUGCUAACGUUUAUUAUUCCGGGCAAUCGCUGCUCAGGACGAGUGUAAAAGAGACAUUGACAGAUCCUCGAGCUGCUGAUAUCGAAGCUAUAAAAUCUAGAACCGCCACGACGCGAAAAGAACAAGAUCCAGCAACUGAAAAAGGUAGAAGCACAAUUAUCGAGAGCAAUCAUGUAACUCCAGGACCAAGUGGUAGUAAAUCAUCAUCAUCAUCAACUCGAAAUCAAAAUAAGAUGCCAAAAUGGUUCAAACAGGCAGGUUUAAAAUAAUUAAUUACUUUGCUAAUAGCACCGAGAGAGAGAGAAAUGGUUCUUCAAAUUGUAAUAAUGUAAUUGUAUAAACAAUAUUCUACGGGAUUUUUAUGUAAAUUAUUGUUGUACGCGCAGUAAUGUAUGUGGCAUAUAUAUAUGCACAUACAUAUUUUAUCCUUACUGCAAGACUAAAAUAUACAAAUCUAUGCA